GCCAGAAGGAACGACCGAAAGGAUGGACAAAAAUAUGCAAAGGGGGAAACACCGGCAGACGACUAGACAGACGGAUAGAAGGAGAUUAAAGGCCAUCGUGGUCAGUAACGAUGUUUAUCAUCCGCUCCAUCGCGAUACGCGAUAAUACAAAAUUCUAUCCGAACUGCGUAUGGAUUUGUAUUUCGAGUCAAAAGCCGGAGACGUACGACAAUUUUUGGCAACGUUCGUCCGUAGAGAAAUUCUACUAUUCCCUUUCGAGAGCGAGAGAGAGCGGGAGAGAGAGAAAGAGAUCGUACCGUCUAUCUAGAUCGUCGCUGCAUAAGAAUUUUAAGACGAUCCAAAAUUGGUUCCUGUUUUAACGACACAUCAUGGUUGUUAGGCAGUAAGCGGCAUUGCGAAAAAUAGAGGAAAAAAGAGAUCAAGGUAGGUCGCGUGCAACUAGAAACUCGGUAGGAAUGAUAAAAAGAGAGAAAGGUACGGGGUGUGAGAGAGGGACACGGAGUGGCAGAGUGAGAAAGAAAAAAGGGGGGUGGAUGGGUAGAGGUAGCCGCAGGCAAGGGCGCGCGUGAGCGGGCAAGCGAACCCCAUCCUCUCUCUGUGGAGGGCAGCGGUUCUGGCAAGCAGCCACCAUCCAACCCCCGCCCUCACGCAUCACCAACCGCGACGCGGUCCGAUCCUCUCCUCUUCGCCGCUGCUUCUACCUCGCUCGCUCCGUUUCUCUCGCCCACACACGCGCGGAUCGCGCUCAACACCCGCCAGCUACCGUUUCUCCGCUCGCAGUCCGUUACCGUCGUCCAUCCACCGAGGAUGCAGCCGAGUCGCCUCCACGCACCCAUCGCUGCGUUUCGAACGGAAACUAAAACAAGAAACUCGAACGAAACUUAAAUAAACACUUGUUUCGGUUCCUGGAUAAAUCGCGAACACGAGAUUUCUAGAUCGAAAGUUAUUCGUUUGAAUAUCUUCCACCUACGCAGUUGGAAAUAUGCUUCGAGAGGACCGCCGCUCUUUACGAACGCAAAGCGUGAUAUGUAUACACAUCACAUGUGACAUGCAAAAAGUUUUACAAUAGAUACCGACACGUCUCUCUCAUUCUUUUGCAUUGCACUCUGACUCGAAACCUGGUCAAAGAACAAUACUUUACGCGUCUUCUUCAAAUGUUUAAACCGCGGUAAAGAAUUUAAAAGGAGCAUGCACUUAAAACUGGUACUUAAAAACACAUACGCGUUAAACUGUGAUGCACGCGAGUGAGAAAUCGUGAUCGUACGAUGAUCCACGUGGUGUGGAUGUUCACGCCAGAAUGUGCUCCUAUGUAAAUCUGUGCGAGAACUUGGAAACUGUACGCCGACAAGUUUAGUAAUCGAAUUGAAAACUUGUACGGUGAAACGAAUUCGCGUUGGAUAGAACCAAAAUGAGGGUGUCGCAGCCGAUGAUGCGUGUGCAACGCGCUCGUUGAACAAGUGUAAAUUGACAUAGUGUAAAGUGUAAAAAGAACUGAAGGAUAAUCGACCGUGGUACCUGCAUAAAUCAUUGGUGAAACUGUCCGAGUCGGCAUACCUCAGUGUCGCCGUGGUGCCGCGUGACUUUUUCAAACGCGAAAUGCUGAGUGUCUCAGCUGCGUCCAAGCGAUUAUUUUGGACGCUGAGAUUCAUCCUGUCACCGCCGCCGACACCGUCAACCUCGCCGUCGCUGUCGACGCCGUCGUCGUCGUCGUCGUCGUCGCCGUCGUCGCCACCGCCGUCGUCGUCGUCGCCGUCGUCGUCGUCGGCGUCGUUGUUGUUGUUGUUAUCAUCUUCAUUCUCGUUGCUGCAAGAGGUUCCCUCGCUAUCGUCGUCGUCACAGCUGCGGGCCCGCGUGGCCUACUAAGAUGACCGCGCGUCUUCACUCGUUGAGGCAUCAGGAAAAGAAAUCGGCCGGAAACGCUCACAGGCAUCACCAUCAUCACACUCAACAAUCUCAACAGAGCUUGCAACAAGGUCCGAGCCCGGCAGCUAGCCCGAAUCCUAGUCUUAGCCCGAGCCCCAAACACUCGGACGGUCGACGAGCUAACAAACCACUAAUGGAAAAGCGAAGGAGAGCGAGAAUCAAUCAGUCGUUAGCAGCGCUGAAAGCGCUGAUACUUGACAGCGCCCGGCUGGAGAACACGAAACAUAGCAAACUCGAAAAGGCUGAUAUCUUAGAGUUAACGGUUCGGCACUUGCAAAGGCAGAGAUCACUUGCUCAACCCGGUUUAUCGAGAUAUAAGGCCGGCUAUCAAGAUUGUUCCAGAGAGGUAAGUCGUUACCUGGAUGCGCCGGAUAUAAUCACGGGGAACACGACGCCGAUGGACCCUGGGGUGAAGCAAAGGUUGCUACGGCAUUUGGAUAGUUGCGUGUCGGAAUUAGACUUGGAUCUGGGUUCGAGGCCGGACAGCGGAUUAGGCAGCAGUCCCGGAAGCGUGACGGAUCGAGUGACAGGCACGGUGAGUCCCGGUCCGUUGGAGCACCAUGUCCCAUCGGCUGCGCACUCUAGUACAACCCUGAAUCCGGUCGGCUUGAUAAAAACCGAGAUUCCGGAUAUCGAACCAGCUCGACCGGACAGCAGUACUGCCGGCGAUGAAAACAACAACAAUAGCAACAGCAGUAGCAAUGGCAACAGCCGGCCAGCCUCGGCCUUUACCAACCAAACGAAUCUCGACUCUCAUCAUCAUCCGCCCCCAGCUCCUCCUCCUCCUCCGGGUCCAGUUCCCCAUUCCGGCCUACCGGUGAUCGAUCAAGCCUCCGGUUCGCAGCAGAAUCCAAACAUGUUGUCGGUCGUGCAGGUGAUACCUUCCAGGCUACCGGAUGGCCAGGUCGUCUUCUUGCUCCCUAGUCAUUACGUUCAACUCGCGGCUGCCGCUGCGGCGAACGGUAUCAGUAUCGGUCCGAAUCCGCCGACCGCCGUCUGGGCCGCCACUAACAUGUCCCUCCUGAAGGCGACGGACAAGCUCGCCGCCAAACGUCCCCACGACGAUAUCCAAGAGUGGCACGACGUGGCCGCCGUUGCCGUUAAUGCUGCUGUUGCCGCUGCCACUGCCGCUACGUCCGCCAACGCUUCCGUUUCCGCUUCCGUUUCCGCUUCCGCCCCCGUUUCCACCUUCGGAACCAACGCCAUCGGCUCCAAGUCGACGAAAGGCCCCAGGCUCGAGCAACCGGAACAGCCGCUGGACUUCACGACCACUUCGAAGAAACUUAAACUUACCACGAAACUCGAUCAGCAUCUCCAGCAACAGCAGCAGCAGUUUAUAGCCCGGCUGUCCACCGAAGGAUCCCACUCCGAAGAAAGACCGUCCAGUCGCGCGAGCAGCGAAUUCGUCACCGGGAUCGAUUCGCCGUCUCCUCUUCCGCAGCAUCCCGCGAAAGACGAGGAAGGAAUGUGGAGGCCUUGGUAGAACUCGUUACGAACCUGCGAGCACACGUACCGCCUAAUAUUAUCGUGCGUUCGUCGAACAGCCAGACGUCUACGCGUACGACGAUUUCUCCGUUACACGCAAAUGGUAUUAUCGUAUUUUCGAAUAUGGGAACAGUCGAUCGAUCAUUGACGUGAAACGUGCAUCGGGAAUACGUCUGCCUGUUAGCUUCACCGUUCGAGAACGCGAUAACGAAGUCUACCAAGGAAUAUUUAGAGGCUGUUGAUUCAAUUGUAGUAUACAACGCAUCGAUGUAUAGUAUCGCCGACGAACGAUAAUUUCGGGCACGGUGUCGGUGUCCCUAAGUCGUGUACAUGUUUGCUACCUUACAAUUAGACGUACGUAGCGCUUUAUUCAGGCACGAUCGUUGUUCACUCGUUUAGUGGAAAGAGUGCCUAGUGUAUAAAAAAUGAGUUCGCGGCCCGAGAGACGUUAUAUGAGGACUGUUUAAAGUUCAGAAGUAACGGUAUGUGUACAUGUAUGUAUGUAAAUGAUAAAGAUCUAACAUGUUUUAGAUGACGAUUUAGAACCGUCUCGGAUACACAGAUAGUAUGUUAUUAUUACGCCGUCGUGUAUAUAGCUCCCGAUUGAAAUUAUAAAUUAACGCCGGAUAUAGAUUUAUUUUGAUGUUAACUAGGUGUAUAUGCGUGUACAUGAGCUAACGUAGAGAGAAUGACGACCCGAACGAAUCCACGAAUGAAAGAAUGCGAGUUCACCGUUCAGUUCUACAUGACCACAAUUUACAUCCGCAUCAUUUGACGAACAUCUCUAAUUACUAUAUCGAGACCAGAAAUUCCUUAUUCAAUGUACUUAGACAUAUUGGUCAACAUAAAUUAUAUGCAUACCAACAAUUGAUCGAUCUA